CGUCUCCUCAAAAUGACUGAAGAACCUCUAUUUGAUCCUUCGUUGAAGAAGAAGAGGAAAAAGGCCGUUGCCUUCACAGAAGAUCCGCUGGGCGCAGAGGCGGACCCCACAACCCCGGCACCAGACACGAUCGACAGCACGACCACCGGCGGCGAUGCGGUCGAUAUGGGACCCACCACAGCUCACGAGCAGAUGAAGCUGAACGGGGAGCCGGAGAAGAAGUCAGAGGACGAUGAAUUCAAGGCCAUGUUCGGCGAUCUCAAGAAGAAGAAGAAAAAGAAGGAGAUUCCGAUGGACUUUGGUGAUGACUCUGGCACCUCCACCCCCACUGCCGCCCCAGCAGCAGCAGCAGCAGCAGAGGACCUCGACUUCUCGGACAUCAAGAAGAAGAAAAAGUCGUCCAAGAAGAAGGCGAACCUCGAAGAGUUCGAGCGCCAGCUGGACGAGUCGCGGUCCAAGGCGAAGGAGGACGGCGACGAGGAGGACGAUGGCCCGGACGGCGAGCGCACGCUCGAUCACCUCGAGGACGCCGAUCUCGGCGACGAUCCGUUCGCGGCGGGUGGUGGCGGCGGCGCGGGGGCCGAGGGCGCGGCAGGCGACGAGCCCUGGCUGAAGAGCGACCGCGAUUACACGUAUCAGGAGCUGCUUACGCGCUUCUACUCGCUCCUGCACGCCGCCAACCCCGCACUCCUCUCCUCAUCCGGCAAGCGGUACACCAUCGCGCCCCCCUCGAUCCACAGAGAAGGGAACAAGAAGACGAUCUUUGCCAACGUCACCGACAUCUGCAAGCGGAUGCACAGACAACCCGAACACGUCAUCCAGUUCCUCUUCGCCGAAAUGGGUACGACGGGCAGCGUCGACGGUGCCGGCCGUCUCGUCAUCAAGGGCCGCUUCCAGCAAAAGCAGAUCGAGAACGUCCUCCGGCGAUACAUCGUCGAGUACGUCACGUGCAAGACGUGCAAGUCGCCCGACACGCUGCUCACGAAGGAGAACCGCAUCUUCUUCAUGUCCUGCGAGUCCUGUGGCUCUCGCCGCUCGGUCAACCCGAUCAAGAGCGGUUUCCAGGCGCAGGUCGGCAGGCGUAGCAAGAACAAGACGGGUUAGUCGGAGGAUACGUGGCCGUACGGAUGUCCCGCUGUAUCAUAUCCAAACAUAUGUAGCAAUCACUCACGAAUCAUGCGCUGCUCGACACAUCUGCCAGCGCGUUA